GUGAAGAUUCGAUCCUCCAUACAAGCUGUAGGCAAUAGCUGGUUUUGUGUGAUUCUCUUUUUACACAUCAUCUAUGGCGGAUUAGUACAAGGGCAGAAGGACUAUCGAUUCACCUCACGCUGUUUUCUUCAUCUUCUGUAACCUCUUUUAUACUCAAAUUUCUCCAGUUAUUGUCUUCAUUUUAGUUUCGUACCCAACGGCGUUUCGAAACCCUAGGAUUUCUAGCUUAUCAGCUCUGGCGGGUAUUCUGGUUUAUCUACUUUGUAGAAUGUUUUAGUGCUUCUGAUAUACGAACCCAAGAAGUUACUUAAGAUGAUACACAUACACUGAAAAGUUAAGAGAUACUCUAUGGUGAUUUGAUGAUACGUUGAUAGCCUGUUGGACCUGCUUAUCAUAUUUGAAUACGAGUGAGUUAAUACAUAUUAAGGUUGUCAUUUAUUAGUGGUUCCGUGGUACUUGAUGCCUGGGGCACUUUGAAGAUUUUUCUGAUGAAGUAACGGGCUUUGUGAAGUUAUAUACGGAAAGAAAGCUGUUGGAAGGAAUUUGGCAUUAAGUUGACUCACACCUCUAUGUCCUUAGGGCUUAUGGAAUAAAUGGUUUUACUUUUAUGAUCUAGAAGAGCACAUGGAAGCGCCAAGAAAGAAGUUUCCUCUUGAUGCGAAGGAUUACAAGCUAUAUGAGGAAAUUGGUGAAGGAGUUAGUGCCUCCGUGUACAGAGCUCUUUGUGUUCCGCUGAAUGAAACAGUUGCAAUAAAGGUGCUUGAUUUGGAAAAGUGUAAUAAUGACCUGGAUGGCAUCCGUCGGGAGGUACAAACCAUGAGUUUGAUUGACCAUCCAAAUUUAUUACGCGCAUAUUGCUCUUUCACAACUGGCCAAAACCUUUGGGUUGUUACGCCAUAUAUGGCUGCGGGAUCUUGUCUUCACAUAAUGAAAUCUUCUUUUCAAGAAGGUUUUGAAGAACCUGUUAUAGCUACAUUGCUGCGAGAGGUCCUUAAAGCCCUGGUUUAUCUUCAUGCGCACGGGCAUAUCCAUAGAGAUGUGAAGGCAGGGAAUAUAUUAGUUGAUUAUAAUGGUUCCAUCAAGUUAGCUGAUUUUGGAGUGUCUGCAUGCAUGUUUGACACUGGGGAUAGGCAACGGUCAAGGAAUACUUUUGUGGGAACUCCUUGUUGGAUGGCACCGGAAGUUAUGCAGCAAUUGCAUGGAUACGACUUUAAAGCAGACAUCUGGUCGUUUGGAAUCACAGCACUUGAACUCGCUCAUGGGCAUGCCCCAUUUUCUAAGUAUCCACCGAUGAAGGUUUUGCUCAUGACUCUGCAAAAUGCACCACCAGGUCUUGACUAUGAAAGGGACAAAAAGUUCUCGAAGUCCUUCAAAGAAAUGGUUGCUGCUUGCUUGGUGAAAGACCCGAAGAAACGCCCAUCAUCAGAGAAGCUUAUGAAGCACCCUUUCUUUAAGAACGCACGCACAACUGAGUAUUUGGAACAUACUAUUCUUGAUGGUCUUUCCCCCUUAAGUGACCGCUUUAGGAUGCUAAAGGCAAGAGAAGCAGAACUUCUUAUGCAGAACAAGGAAUUAUAUGGGGAAAAGGAGCAUUUAUCGCAGCAAGAGUAUAUUCGUGGAAUUAGUGCUUGGAAUUUCAAUCUCGAGGACUUGAAGAAUCAAGCUGCCCUUAUCCAGGACUACGAUGAAACAUCAAAUGCAGAAGAUCUGAGUGCAAGUUCAAAGCAACAAAACGUGAUCAAUGAUGCCGGUUUACCAGCAGAGAGGUCGUCCCCUGAAAUAUCUGAUCAUUCAGACACUGCAUCUCACCUCGAGGAUGCAAUCAAUGAAAUUCCUGAUUUGGAGAGUUCAUUUGUGGCAUUUCCUAUGAAGCCUCUUCAAGCACUCAAGGGAUGUUUUGAUGUAUGUGAAGACGAUAUGGCUACUGGUAGCUCGACCCCAGGUGACGAAAAUCAAUCGGACAACGAUCAACAGAGUGCCACAAAACCAUCGGUAAAAGCCGAAGGGCAGGAAACCGAAAGCAAUGAUGCUGAGCAUUAUGGACAAAGAAAAUUCUUAUCACGAGCUACAACUAAUGGGCCAAGAAAAUAUAUGAGCGGUUCACUGCUACCCGAUGAUUCUCUUUCUCCUAAGAAGUUGGUUGCUGAUGUUGACAGGGAUCAUCUGCAAUCUAGAUUCCAAACACAGCGAAAUCAUAGUGGUCCACUGCAGUGUCGUCAAAAGCAUAAAAUCAACAAUUCUUUAUCUGUAGAGGAUGUUUCUGAAGGAGCUGUGGUCCAGCGCAAGGGACGGUUUAAAGUAUUUUCGGCAGAUCUUAACUCGAAGGCUUUAGGUUUCAAUCCAAGUACCAGUCCACCACCAUCAACUACAUCAGCUGCUUCAGUUGUUCCACAUUUGCAAACCAUUUUGCAGCAUAAUACUAUGCAAAGGGAAGAAAUACUUAAAUUGAUCAAGUUUGCAGAGCAAAAUUAUGGUACUUCUAUGGAGUACACGGGGUCGGGCACCAAUGAAAAUUCACAAAGCCCUAUAAUCUCGGCAAGGGAGAGAGAACUCCAGUCUCAGGUUAUCCACUUACAACAAAGCAUUGGCAGUCUGGUUGAACAAUUGCGGAUAUUGAAAAUGAGUAAUGCAAAGGUCAGUCUUCAUCUCGACCUAGUGAACGUUUAAUCUUUUUGCUGUCAUAAUUUGGUGUUAAUUGCUAAGGCCAUGAGAAACCCGAUUAAGGGCUUAGAGUAUCUCCAACAACUAUGCUAAAAUAGAGAGUUUUAGGGAUUUAAGGUGUAUUUUUGCUCCAACAGCUAAAAUAGAAAAAAGAAGAAAGAGAGGGUAGAAAUUUCCAAAUUUAGAGAAAUCUCUAUAAGUCCAUAUUUAAGAGAGAGCAAUAGUAUUUAAUACUUUCUCACCAAUAGGAGACAAUGAAAUUAAGUCGUCUACCAAACACUUAUCCGGUAAGCGCUUACAUGUAAAAUUUAACACUACCACUACUUACGGUUAAGACUUUAGUCCAUCAAAAUGGCAUCUUAUGCAAUAGUUUACCCAGUAAGCGCUUACCGUGGUAAGAGCCAUCGCCCUCACUUAAAUUGUAAGACUCUUGGUGCUUGUCUCCCUC